AUGAUGAUCCUGUGGAUUUCUGUCAUGCUUUUAAGUAAGAUGUACACUGCAUAUUCUGAGGUUGUCCAUCAACCAGACUCAGUGGUGACUGUCUCUGUUGGUGAUAAUGUCACUCUACAUUGCUCUGUUCUGAUAGAAGAUCAUAGUGAUCCAAUUGUUUGGUACAAGCAAACUUCAGGACAUCAACCGCGUGUUGUUUUACUGGUUCAGAAAUUUGCAGAAAAACCUCAUUUCUACAAUGAGUUUCAAUCUUCACGUUUUACUGUCGAAAGAGCACAUGAAAUCUGUCACUUAAAGAUUUCAAAUGUCAUUUCAUCUGAUGAAGCAAUGUAUUACUGUGGCUGGAGAAAGUAUGAGACUGUUUUCGCUGAAGGCACAUACUUGGCUUUGAAAGGCUCACAAAACAACCAACAUAAAUUCAACGUGUCUAUUCACCAGCAUCCAGUGUCAGUGUCUGUCUACCCUGGAGAUACGGUGACCCUGCUGUGCUCUGUGUCGUCUAAACACACAACAGCUGAUAUGACAAUGUUCUGGUUCAGAUCUGAUUCAGGGAAAUCUGUUCCUGAAAUCAUUUACACUCGUAAUCAGAGUGAUCAAUGUGAGAUUGAUACUUUUAAGCAGAAUUGUACAUACAAUCUCUCCAAGAACAUUGUCAGCCAAACGGACACUGGCACUUAUUACUGUGCCCUAGUCACCUGUGGAACAAUUCUGUUUGGGAAUGGAUCAAAAACAAAAAUGGGUCGAGUGGUGAAGCUCAUGCCAAGAAGAGAUAAGUGCAUACGAGCUGUUGAGGUUCAAGUGAAGGAUAAAGUCUACACCCGGCCUGUAGCCUGCCUUAUCCCACUUCCAGAACUCCCAGAUAAUACUGAGAAUUCACAACCAUAA